AUGACUGAUAGUGAUAGUAAUGCCAAUGAUAGCACUUCUAAUAAUAAGUAUGAUACUACAGAUAAUGAUUCUUCUCCUGAUUCACAAUAUUUGGUUACUUUCAAGUAUAAUAAUAAUGGGGAGAUGAUAAUUAACCACACAAUAGAUUACAAAGAUCUAUUUAUGAUACAAGAACAGAAUUAUAUAACCGAUUAUAUCACUGAUUUCAUGGGUUCUGAAUAUGAAAAAAGCACCAAAAGUACUUUCAGGAAAAGUCAAAAAAGUAGAGAGG